AUGCUCACGGAGCCGUCUGCUCAUAGCUAUGAGUCGACCUUUGGAGAGUCACUGGACAGUCUCACUUCAUUCCUUGACAGUGAACCACUAAACUCGUACCACUUUGCGUCCCUAAUCAACACCGAACAGCCCAUGCCGUUCUUCUCUCCAGACUCAUUUGGCUACGGUCAACAAAUGGUGACCGAGCCAGAGGGAACAACAGCACCUACACAUGGGUGGAGACCAACACAAUUAGACGAGCCGCCGUCGCUUUCACGCUUCGGCUCUCGUUUUCCUUCCUUGCAGCCAGACGAUCAAUCCGCUCGGAAACGAUCGUUUGCAGAUAUCUCACACGAGGAUCGGCAGGAGAUUCUCGAGAUGCUCCAACCCUUCUCCAUGGUCAUACCCAGCGACUUCGUUCUACCAACUCGAUUAGCACUGUGCAGAUAUAUUGCUGCGUACAUCAACGGAUUUCACGAGCACAUGCCGUUCCUUCACAUACCCACGAUGUCCGUGGAGACAUGUUCGAUAGAGCUGCUCUUAGCAUUGGCGGCUAUCGGUGCGCAAUACACUUUCGAGGGCGAAAAGGGUGUCGAGCUGUUCAACGUAAGCAAAGCAAUUGCGACGCACCGUAUCAGGAAACGGGACACGCGCCUGGUGCAGCUCCAGCAUCAUUCUGAGUCGGAUCAAUCGUCGCCCCACAAUCAUCCGAGCGGCCCUCGUAGCCCUCAACGUAAGGGUUCCGUCUCGGGACCGCUGGGCCUACCUUCCCAGGCUGAUGUUCCCGUACUUGGCGAAGAUCUCAUGCAGACCGCUCAGGCACUACUCUUGCUCAUGGCACUGUGUACUUGGGCCAAACACAAAGAGAUCCUCAGAGAGGCGUUAGCAAUCCAAAGCAUCUUAGCUACCCUCAUUCGGGAUGACGGACUCGAGACCGAACCUCUCCAUGAGACCAUCUCAUGGUCGGACUGGAUUCGGCGCGAAACGAUCAAAAGGACCAAGUUCAUCGUCUAUGGCUUCUCCAACCUCCAUUGCAUUGUCUACAACAUUCCUCCGUUCAUGCUAACGAGCGAGGUCAAGUUGCCCUUGCCAUGCAGUGCCGCAGAAUUCAAGGCACCUACGGAGGCUUUAUGGAGGGAAGCGAGGAAGAAAAGUGCGCCUGAAGUCCUGUUCCAGGAUGCAUUGAAACGUCUAUUUACAAAGCAAGGCCGCGACGUUACCGAGGUCAAUUCGUCGUCUGGAAACUACGCGUUGAUACACGCCCUGAUACAGCAUGUUUUCUUCCUCAGACAAGUGGCACGAUGUCGUUUUGAAGGACCCGGUGAUCUGAGCGCAGAAGACGUCGCGUCGCUCGAGAACGCUCUGCGAAACUGGCAGACCGGAUGGCGCCAAAAUCCCGAAUCAUCACUCGACCCGAUGUCGCAAAACGGUCCUGUCGCUUUCAACUCGACUGCGUUACUUCGAUUGGCAUACAUACGACUAUACGUAGAUACCGCAGGUCGAGCUUUAGAGACGCGCGACCCUGUGCUGAUUGCCAAUGCCUUCCGCGCCGGACCUACAAUCAGACGCUCGCCAAAGAUUACAAGAGCUGUGCUUCACUCGGCUCACGCCCUCUCUAUACCCAUUAAGAUCGGCUAUCGUCUCGUGGCAAAGACACAAUCGUUCAUCUGGAGCAUUCAACACUCCCUGUGCACGCUUGAGUGCGCCUACCUCAUGAGCAAGUGGCUCGAAGCACUGUCGGUACCAGAAGCAGACCCACCCGUCACAGAAGACGAGCACAGAAUCAUCGCGAUUGUGAAAAGCAUGUUGGAUGAGACCGAGUUUGCCGUACCCGCCGACAUUACGCCCGACUCGCCCAAUUUUACACGACAUCUCAGCGCGGGGGUGCUCAGGGUCUGGGCGAUGAUCUUCAAAGGAUCUCAAACUUGGGCUAUCGUGGAUGUUAUCGGGAGCUCUCUCAAUCUGUAUGCGGAUAUGCUGGAGUCUGGAUGA